AUGCAUGAACAGAGCUAUACAUCUUUAUCAAACAAUGUACCUGAUAUAACCUCACCGAUUGAAAAAGUAGUCAAUUAUACUAUAGAUAGCUACUUCGAUAUAGACAAUCAAACCGGUAAUAUAACAACUCUGAAUGAAGAAAAUGCAGUGAACAACUGGUGGGCGUUAGCCGCAUUGAUGUUGGUUGUCUGCACAGCAGCAGGAAAUGUAUUGGUUUGCUUAGCAAUAUAUUUAGAAAGAAGAUUACAGAAUGUUACAAAUUAUUUCUUGAUGUCCUUAGCGAUAACAGAUUUGUUAGUGGCUAUAUUGGUGAUGCCACUGGGGAUCCUGACUUUAGUACGAGGUUACUUUCCAUUGCCAGCCAACUACUGCUUAACUUGGAUUUGCCUCGACGUAUUACUCUGUACCGCAUCGAUAAUGCACCUUUGCACCAUAAGUGUAGACAGAUAUCUUUCAUUACGGUAUCCAAUGCGGUUUGGGAGAAACAAAACGAGAAAAAGAGUGACCAUCAAGAUUACUUUUGUUUGGAUAUUAUCAUCUGCUAUGACCCUUCCUUUGACUUUGAAGUAUUAUAAGGAUCCAAAUUCGGCUCUCAUCGAUGGCUCCUGUCAAGUACCAGAUCCUCUUUAUAAAGCUGUGGGAUCCAUUAUUUCCUUCUACAUUCCUCUUGGAGUGAUGCUGCUGACGUACGCGCUGACAAUACAACUCCUGGCGAGGCAGAGGAAGGGCCUUGGUGCUGGAUGGGCUCCUGGCUGGUUUGGUGCACAACCAGUAGGUAAUGUAUUCUUAUUUAUAACUUUUACUUACACCAAGACCCAUAAGAUUGCAGGACCAACUACAAAAUGA